CCCCAACAGUUGGUAAUGGAACCUGUCUAUAAAAGGACCACUUUUUUUUUGGUAAACCAUCGCUCAGCCAGGCAAUAUAUAACAAGCGGGCAAGUGCUCUCGGGGGCAGUCAGACUAUUCACAUCCACAACAUACAAACGCCCAGCAGUCUCAGGCCAACUUUGGAAAAACACCUUUAACUACCUCUUGUCACUCUACAACAAAGUCUUCCGACUCUACAACCCAACACAACAACAAUGCAGCUCAAGCUGGUGACCGCAUCCACCCUCCUUUUGGCCUCUUUGGCUCUGGCCGCACCUCAAGGGAACAUUGUCCCAGAUGUCGCCUCGAUAGUCUCUGAAGCUACUGGCGCCGGCCAGACAGUCGCUGCUGAUGCACAAGGAGCCGCCUCGGAUGUCGUUUCUCACGCUACCUCCCUUGCAACUGCAGCUGCCACCUUUGGCCAGAACGUCGCUUCUUCCGCUGAGGCCGGGGCUACCUCGAUCGCCAGUGCAGCUCAGAGCAGUGGCGAGAGUAUUGCCUCUGCUGCCGAAUCUAGGGCCACAUCCAUCGCCAGUGCAGCCCGGAGUGCUGGCACAGGCGAGGCUUCCUCUGCCCAGUCAGCCGCUUCGUCUAUUGCCUCGAGUGCUGAGAGUGUUGGCUCUGCAUAUGCCAGCGGACGUACCACCUCGACAACAUCGGACAGUGCUGCUACGACUACUGCUACGGGCUCGAAUACCGCAGCAGCAUCGAACAGUGCAUCCUCCUCCAGCUCCAGCGGAUCAUCCUCUACCUCGUCCCACAACGGUGUUGCACGCCCUACCGCUGCUUUGGGUCUCAGUGCAGCUGGCGUCGCUGGUGUCCUGGGACUCGUCGCUGCUCUGUAAGGGACAGCAGUCGAUAUUC